AUGGAUCGUCCAGUUGGCCCUCCCGUUGAAGUAAGACAGGCCUUGCCACCACCCUCGACCACAAUUACCGGUCACGCUGUCCAGCUGGAACCAUUGGACCCCAAACACAUCGACGGCUUGUACCCCCUCAUCGGACUAGCCGAGCAUGCCAGUCUCUGGACAUACAUCCCCAAAGGCCCCUUCACCGACAAGACCUCCUUCGCAGAAGCCAUCACAGCCUUCUCCGAAUCCACCGACCCCUUCUUCUACGCCAUAAUCAACAAAUCCACCCAAAAGCCAAUCGGCUUCUUCAGCCUCCUCCGCAUCGACCUCACCAACCGCGUCAUCGAGAUCGGCUUCAUCAUUUUCUCCCCUCUUCUGCAGCGCACGACCGCGGCCACCGAGGCCGUGUAUCUCCUUGCGAAAACGGUCUUUGAGGAUCUAGGUUAUCGCCGGUUUGAGUGGAAAUGCGAUAAUCUUAAUGCGCCUUCUAAAAAGGCGGCGGGGCGGUUUGGGUUUACGGCGGAGGGGGUGUUUCGUCAACAUUUGAUUGUCAAGGGACGGAACCGGGAUACGGCUUGGUUUUCGAUCUUGGACUCGGAAUGGCCGGUCGUGAAGGCGGCGUUUCAGAAGUGGUUGGAGCCGGGCAAUUUCGACGCUGACGGCAAGCAGGUGCGUUCUUUGGUUGAGCUGAGGGGUGUUUGA